AUGGCUUGCAGCAAUUGGUAUUUCAACAACGAAGAAUUGAUGAACUUUCCAAGUUUUAGAGACGGUAUCAACGCAGACAAAGAAUUAGAUCAUAAGCAACAGGCCGCUUACUUAAUCAACGAUUUGGGCACGCGGCUUAAAUUAUCUCAAGACUGUAUAAAUACUGCAACCGUAUUUAUGCACAGAUUCUAUACCAAGAAGUCAUUGUCUAAGUUUCAUAGAUAUAAGGUAGCAACGACGGUUAUUUUUUUGGCAGCAAAAGUCAAGAAAGUGCCACAAAAAAUAGAAGAUGUGAUAAGAGCUUUGCAUACUUGCCUGAAGAAAGACAACAAUCACACGCUAGACAUCAACACUGCUCAGUACCAGGAAGAGGUUAACACCAUAAUUUGUAAUGAGUACUUCUUUCUGCUCAUAUUGGGAUUUAAUGGAGAAAUAAAUCAUCCACAUGAUUAUAUAUUGAAGUUCUGCAGAACAAUCGAUGCAAGUAGAGAACUUCGUAAUGUUUUUCUAUACAUGGCGACCUACUCUCUACAGCUGACGCCGAUGUGCUUAAAGUACAAACCGGCAGUUGUCGCAUGCUUCUGCAUCUAUUUUACUGCACAAUCGUCUCAGUGGAAGAUUAUAGGAGUCAAUUCAGAGAAACCUUGGUUUUGGUUUUUUGGUCCGGAAAUUACGUGUGAUUUAUUAAUCAAAAUGGAAAAAGAAUUCAGGGAAAUUUUAGGUAAAGUUUCACUUCAAAUUCGGAACAGAGUGAUGAAUUUGUUUAAAGUUUGUCCUAGUGGCCAAGUGACUCUGGUGUAA